AUGGAAGAAAAUCAGACAAUGGUCACAGAGUUCAUCCUGUUGGGGUUCUGUCUUGGUACGGGGAUUCACCUAGUACUUUUUGGAUUGUUCUCACUCUGCUACACCCUUACACUGUUGGGGAAUGGAGUUAUCCUUGGAUUAAUUUGCCUAGAACUCAGGCUGCACACUCCUAUGUACUUCUUCCUUGCUAAUCUGGCCUUGGUUGACAUCGCCUAUGCCUGUAACACAGUGCCACAAACACUAGUCAACCUAUUGGAUCCAGACAAGCCAAUCUCCUUUGCUGGAUGCAUGAUGCAGACUUAUCUCUUCAUGACAUUUGGUAGCACAGAAUGUCUUCUCCUCGUGGUGAUGUCCCAUGACCGGUAUGUGGCCAUCUGCCAUCCCCUACACUACACUGUCAUCAUGAACUGGAGAGUGUGUGCUAUUCUGGCUGCUGGUUGCUGGAUAUUGAGCUUUCUCCUGGCUCUGGUCCAUUUUGUCCUCAUCCUGAGGUUGCCCUUCUGUGGACCUCAUGAAAUCAAUCACUUCUUCUGUGAAAUUCUGUCUGUCCUCAAACUGGCCUGUGCUGAUACAACACUAAACAAAAUCAUUAUUUUUACUACUUCUGUAUUCAUUUUAGUGGGGCCACUAUGCUUUGUACUGGUUUCCUACACACGAAUUCUGAUGGCCAUCCUGAGGAUCCAGUCAAAAGGGGGCUCAAGAAAGGCUUUCUCCACCUGCUCCUCCCACCUCUGUGUGGUCGGGCUCUACUUUGGCAGCGCCAUCAUCAUGUACUUGGCCCCCAAGUCCCAGCACCCCGAAGAGCAGCAGAAGAUCCUUUUCCUGUUUUACAGUUUUUUCAGCCCCAUGCUGAACCCCCUGAUCUACAGUCUGAGGAACGCUGAGGUCAAGGGUGCUCUCAGGAAGGCAAUGGGCAAAGAAAUUCAUUCCAAGUUGGUAUGA